CUGGGGAGUAAUAACACAAAGCUUCAAAUCAGGCCCUAUUUACCUGGAUCUACAAGAAAAAUCCUGUAUGCAUCAUUCUCACAUCGACGUAGUUCUCCAACGCGUGGGUUCUAGGUAGGGUGUGGGCAGCGGCGUUUCUUUAAGCAUGUCGAGCUUCAUCGGCCACGUAGGAAUUGUAUUUUUGUCUCACAGCUGACAAUUGCUCAUCCCACCGUCGCAGAUCUCCGGUUGAGAAGUGGGCCUUGGCAGGUACGAGUAAUCCGCGCGUUGGUACACGACCUGUACUCCUCCUACCUUAUCUAGAUGUGAUCUGCGUGCAACCCACAGCCUUGCCAGAUGCGUUUCUCACGAGAACAGCGAUCCGAACCGGAAAUCCGGUUCGGAUUACCUUUUUGUUUAGGUCUUAUUUCCACUCCUCGUCAGUAUCAUUAGAUAUUGUCUCUCUCUCUUCAGUUAUUCUCUUGAGCAAGUAUGAGGUCGCAGUUUCACGUCAUCGUCGCGCUUCUCUACAGCGUUGUUGCAGUCGCGACGACAUCCCCCAGGGUGGUCGAUAUAAAACGAGACGUGACGUAUGCGGGGUUAGAGCGUAACGGCAUCGAGGUCUUUCUCGACAUCCCCUAUGGCCAGGACACGGGUGGCGCCAACAGGUUCAAGCCGCCGAAGCCGUAUGUUGCUGCCGCUGGGAGCACAAUCGAAGCAAAGUCAUAUGGCCCUUCUUGCCCGCAGCAGCUUGGAAACUGGACCCCUCCAAUCUCGCUGGGCAACAUUACGAAUAUCUCUGAAGACUGUCUGAACCUCAAUAUAGCUAGGCCGAAGGGAGCAUGUGCAGGCGACAAGCUGCCCGUUAUGGUGUACAUCCACGGUGGCAGUUUCUGGGCAGGGGACAACCACGACCCUACUAUCUUGCCAGAUGGAAUGAUUUUGGAGUCGGAGAAAAAUGGGCUGCCAAUCAUCCAUGUUGCAUUGAACUAUCGGCUGGGAUUCUUCGGGUUUGCACAAUCCGAUGCCCUCGAGUCUGAGGGCUCUGAGAAUGCCGGGCUUCGUGACCAGCGACUCGCUAUUGAGUGGGUUCGAGAUAAUAUUGGGCAUUUUGGCGGUGACGGAAAUAAGAUCACCAUCUUCGGACAGUCUUCUGGUGGCUUGUCGAUUGGAAUGCAAAUAAUGGCCUAUGGGGGAAGCAAGCCCGUGCCAUUCCAGCAAGGGAUAUGCCAAAGCCAAGCGCUGGAGCCCGGAAUCACCGGCAACUUCACCAUUGACGCCAUGCGCCUUUUAGUUGACUACGUAGGAUGCAACACGACAGACCUGCACUCCGCCGAGACGGUUGCAUGCCUCCGUGAUUUCGACACACAGACGCUCCUCUCUGCGUCGCUGAACACAUAUGUCGCGGACAUCGCCCACAACAUCGGCGACAUCUGGCUGCCCGUUGUGGACGGCGAUUUCCUCCCGGCAGCGCCAUCGCAGCUCAUCCGCGAGCACCGUUUCGCCAAAGUGACCACCAUGAUCGGGUGGUGCGAUGACGAUGUCACUUUCUUCACCGACACUGCCAUCACCACCCCGGCCGACACUAGCGCCUUCAUUUCGUCCUACGUUCCAGGUGUGACACCCGCGAAUAUCGACCGCCUCCUCUCUCUCUACCCUGUCUCCGACUUCACCGCAGACCCAGCCAUCACGGAUCUCUCGAGCGAAUUCUUCCGCGCCGCGCGCAUCUUUCGCGAUAUCCUCAUGACUUGCCAGCCGAUGUGGUACGGAGAGCACAUUGCCGCUGCUGGAAACGACGUCUACCUGUACAACUGGAACCAAACGAUCCUGGACCCGAUCCUGGAGUCUAUUACAAACGAGACUGGGUUCGGGCCGAUCCACACUUCGGAGUUUGCGUAUAUUUUUGGAAACUUGUCGCAUUAUGACAUCAAUGGGUACCCGUUCAACCCAGCCCCCGAGGACUAUGAGCUGCGAGACAGGGGGUCGAGGUCUUGGUCGACGUUUGCAAGUGUUGGGAAGCCUGGAGUGAAGGGGCGGGAUACGUUCCAGGGCGUUGGAAAGGCGUUUCCCAGUGGUGGAGAUGAGGUGUAUGUCUUUGUUGCUGGGGGCCCGCAUGAAGGGCUGUCGGCGAUCGAUGGCCCGGACUCGACGGAGGUCCUACGAGAGCAGAAGUUGAGAGAGAGGUGCGAGUUUAUCAACUCACCCGAGCUAAUUGAACAGCUAGGGUACUAGAAGUUGUAGCUAUAGAUGAGAGUGAGGAUUAUUAGACAGGUUUACAUAUUUGUGCAAGACAUCGGAUUAUUCAACCCAGACAAUAUAUAUCUUUAAUUUCUCGCACUACCUCUCUAAUGUUCUGAUUAUAUUACCAUGAACCCUAACAAGAACCUUCCGAUCAAAUGUUCGCAGCAUGCAUUAGAGGAUAAUCGUCUUUGAACUGCUGGUCCAUCUCAUCCAUCUCAUAUGGUGUAUUAUAGACAUUCCGCUUUAAAGGAAGGGUCUUCGUCCCCGUUCGUUCACGUUCGCGUUUGCCUAGAAAGAUAAAUACCUCGCGCGCCGCCGUUAUGCAGAUCGAGGAUCCAAAGAAUAAUCUGUUUAAUAGUCUUAGCAGGCUUAUAAAGAGUAUCGUUCCGUGUAAAACCUUACAUAGUGAUAAUGCUAAAUCCGAACGAAGCUUGUGCUACA